AUGACAGAUUGGUCUUCGGAGAAGAUCGCCAAGGCAUUGAAGGGAUCUGGCUUGAAUACCAAAGAAAGGAUCAAUAUAGCAAUAGAUGCUUGGAAUAAUGAUAAGAUUUUUUUUCCCAACAAGGACGACUUUUUAUUUGAUUGGCUCUGCUUUGCUUUAGCUUCCAAACCCAAUACAAAAAAGUAA